UAGUUGACCUACACUAAACCUGUGGCAAUCACUGUAAAGUGUAUUUAUAAUUGCCAUCAGCAAAACGUGAACGUUAGAGUUUGCAGCUUUAAGUUCACUAGUUCCUUGUGGAAGCAUGUUUUUCCGACGUGUGUUCGCUAAGAACGCCACAAGUUCCUCUAGCAGUGGUAAUAGUGUGACCUCAUCGGGUGGGAAUUCAGGCAUGCACGCUGUACACAAUUUGGCUAUGUCCUCCGGUGGUGUACCGUCGGAAUCUCCGGCCCGUUACCGGCGUGCGUUAAAUGUUGAGGACAACCAUCGUGUCCUGUCAGUGCUCCAGUUAACACCGCUGUGGGAAUAUAUUAUUCGAAACAAUGAGCUCCCGGUUGGGCUCAAUAUGAACGAGCUGUUUCGCGAGUUUUUGGAACGUUUGCACGAUCCUGAGUUUCAGGUGCGUCAACACGCGCUGCGAGUGUUAAUCGAUGUGAUCAUAGUGUUACGGGAUGAAACGGACAUAUACUUCGCACCACUUCUCCCACCCAUCAUUGACAAUCUUGGCCACCCGUCACCAGCAGUGCGGAAAGGUGCAUUGGACGUGCUGAAGGUGUACAUUGCGCAAACCAAGCUUCCCGAAACGGUUAUGCUGGAAAUCAUGAACUACGGAAUGGAUCGAAAUCCUAAAGAUCCGCUCAGCAGUCGGUACAUCGUGGGUGUAAUGUUGGCUUUGCCCUCCCUUAUUCAACCCGCAAUUUUAACCGCGAAAAGAACAUUCAUACUGCGUGCGGUAAUUAAUGCGCUCGGUGGCAAGAUGGUGCAGAUAACUUACCAAGAGAUUGCACUUAAAAUUUUGCUCAAGAUUAAAAAUACGAUCGGUUCGCGGGAAUUUUACGAGUGCAUUUCCGUAGCCUAUCGGCGCGAUUUUGAUCUUUUGUGCAACGUGUACGGUUUACCGAAUCCGCCCAAAAGUCCGCGACGGGAUCCCAUUGUUCCGCCCGGUGAGAUUGCGCUGGGUAACACAGAGAUGCGAAAAUCAUGGAAACCGACCGUACUUCCUGGUGCAUCGGUCCCAUUGCAACCUCUUUCACCGAAAGCGCAGCGGUGGAAGUCUGGUAGCCACGGUGACAUUUCGCGAGCAGCGGAGGUUAACGAUGCGACUCGAUUGCGAAAUCGUAUUGGGUCUGACGAAAGAAUUCCUCACCACGACUAUGUGCUGAGUAAAGGACCCGGCGGAGGACCACUGUUGCGUCGCGUUAGUUUAGAGAAGAUCGACGAUUCGAAAGUGAUCAUGGAAACGGAGAUCAAAAUCAACAAGGAGUCGGUUACAAUGCGUAUCUUAGAGGCGGAAACUUCCAACUCGAACUCAAUCAGUGAGGAAAGUGAUGAAGACAACGUUAACAAGCGCUUCGGAGUGGUUCGUGUGCUCACCGACAGUGAGCUGGAGGAUAGUGUUACGGUGAAAUCGAUCGGUGGAAGUCAGACAACUAUGCAGCAAGAUUUGCUGUACUCUUCCGAUACGGAGUACGUCCGGCGAACGCCACGGCGCGUACGAUUUGGGGGAGAGAUCGUUAAAAUGCGAACCCCUGACAGUGAUACUUUCGACCAAAGUGACCAAGAUGCGCUGUCCCUUUCACAGUCGUCAAACCAAUCCACACAACUGUUGUCCUCUUCGACGAUAUCCGAUCGAACGUUUUCAACGGUAGCGCCACCACAACGAUCCUCCUUAAAAUCGGCUUCCUCGUCCUCCGAAAGAAGCAGCUCCACGUCUCACGCUAUGAUGCGAAGGCAGUACUCCCAAUCGGCCGAUACGGAACGAUCAUCACCUCCAAGCACAAUGGCAAUGUCUUCCGAGUUUAAUAGCAGCAUCACGACAAAGCCAAGACCCUCUUCGGCGAAAUCCACCAUGGAAACCUCGGGCAUUAGCGAAUUUAACUCUGGUUCCGAUCCGGAAGACAACGAAUUUCCAUCAAUGGUUAGAAGUAACGUUGCAGAUGAAGAAGAAAGUACGUCCUCGCGUCCCAAAUCUUCUCUUUCUCGUCCAAAGUCGGCAAAAACACCACCAUCCGAACCGAUAGAACAACCUCGUCCCACGUCCGCUAAACCUGAUCCCGUGUCUGCUAAAGCUGAUCCUGUAACUGCUAAAGUAGACAACAAUAGUGCACAACAACAAUUGCCAGAAACGCCCGACACUCAAAGCCGACCGGAACCGAAACCGGUAGCGAUGCAAGCUAGUUCGGAUGCUAGUUCUAUUUUAGCAGAUAAAAUUGAGGAGGUAAAACAAGCGAUACAGGGUAUCGAGAGCAAAAUAAACAACGUUGUGCUGCAGAAAGCAGACUCUGUCGAUGUGGUACAGAACCAUGCAGCUCAAGAACCGACUCCGAAGAAGCUGGAGUCGAAUCUUUCGCUGGAAGUACUGAUGAAAACGAACAGUAACGAAAAUGCGGAAAAUCUACAGCAGGAUCCCUCCCAAGCUGAGCAAAACAAUAAAGAUUACACCAAGGAACUUAACAUCGAAAUACCCAAAGAGGAAAAACUACAAAAUGCUCCACCACCAUCGCCGAAAUCUUCAAAUAAAAGUCCAGUCAGUACGGUACCAACCAAACCAGUUCCUAAAAUUGUACGAUCGGGAAUUCCUCGUCUUAAUACAAUGCCCUCGCCAAAGACGAUGCGGAAAGUGCACGAAUCCAACAGCAAUGCACAAAAGUCCCCAAAUGUUGGAGGGAGUGAAGCCAAAGGGCAGCUUACUCCACAACCCACGAAUGUCCGUGGCAGAACACUAUUGCGCAGCCGAUCAGCAACAUCCGCAUCACUUAAGCGUAGCGUCUACAUCAGUCCCUCAUCUUUGAGUCCCAAACCACACAGUGGGAUCGAGAUUAUGCACAACCUGCUAAGAAGUCCAUCGCCAUCACCACAUAGAAAUCGGCGGAAAAGUUCUACUGCGAGUGAAAAAGGUCUCGAUAUAUCGAACGAUAAGAACAAUAACAAUCAGCUCAUAUCGAGUGUCGGUGAAGGUGUCGAUGGGCGAACGGAUAAGUGCAUCAGCGUGAAUGAGGAUGAUAUCUUCGACGUGUUUGGGAAAACCAUUGCCACACAAACGUCCGGCGAUGAAACGAUGGAAAUACCUUUUGUACCUUUUACGCGGGCGCCUUCACGUUUGCUACUAGCACAAAUCGAUGUAAACGGAAAUGAAUUAAAUGGGAACACUGCGAGUCCGCUGGAGGCGAAAGCUCGAGAACGAGGACAAUCUCCAAUUUUCUCCCGUCCGGUGUCACCUAAAUUGUCUGAAAAUCAACAAAUAGUCAACUCAUGGGAAGAUCUCGGUAUAGUAAACCGAGUCACUCUGUUUCACCUCAAAAGUCCGGAUUGGCGGUUGCGUUCCCAAGGGUUCUGUAGCAUCGAGGAAGCACUUAAAUCAUCCGAUAAUCUAGCGAAAGUUCAACCAUACCUAGAGUCGCUACUGCGAACACUGCUGUCCUCGGAGCGAAAUCUCGAUGUCAUUGAGGAUAAGGUCCGAAUGUUAGUCAACCUGGUAUCGCGGUUACCGCUCGAAAAUCUCGAAGACCGUGUUGGACAAAUCAUGACCGGACUGUGCCGGCAGGGUGGUCCAGGAAGCAACAACGUGGCCAAGGCACUGAUGCAACGAUUGCCAACGGCGGCCAUCGUCCAACGGCUGCUAUCCGAUGACUUCCUGCAUGCCAAAAGUUCCAAGUUCCGCGAGAAUGCAUUGCAAACGGUACUGUUUGCUUUAAUGACAUUCCCGAGCACCUACUUCGACAUCAAAACACUUAUUUCCCGAGCGACCGAGGCGGCGAUGGAUCGAAAAAAGCGCGUCCGUCAUGCUGCACUUGACGUUCUUGCGGUGCUGGGACAAAUUAGCUCUCCUAAAUUGGUUCUAGACGUUGUUUGUACCGCUGUCGGAACGCGCCCGGAAGGAAACCAUCUGAUCACGGCCGUUAAAGCACGACUGGCCCGAAAGCAGCUGCCUUUCAUCGGUCCCGAUGGUAGUGUGGAGUACGCGAUUAAAGUUCCUUCCAACCGAUCUAGCAAUGUGAUCAUGUUUGGAGCAGACGUCGAUUGGAUCGAGGCUGGUAGUGGAUCCGCUUCACCUACCUUCAAUCGUCCAGGACGACACAAAUAUCCUAGCUUUCAGGUGGAAAACAAUUCAUUUGAAGAAAUGAGACAGAAACCUAGCUUCACAGUUUUUGACGAAAUUAAACAACCUAUAGAAACGUCGAAAAUUUCUACCAACUCCGGAUGGACUUCCAAAAUACCUGUAUCGUAUUCGGACACUAUGAACCAGGCGUUAGGACCGAACGCCGCUCGGCCACUGUACGGAAAUGGACAAUCUUCCAGGUCAUACCCGGAACUACCCGAUAGUAAACUAGCAACACCAUUCGCUGCAGCAAAACCCGCCACAAUACUCAACCGAAAGCUGGAAGGAAAUUUGUCCGGUAUACCGCAAAUUGCGAAUGGCAAAAUUUCACGCAAUUCAAUCUCUUCGUUAAGAUUUCCAGAAAUGGAUCCGAAGACGAACGGUAAAAUCAUGCUGGCAAAGAACAAUAACCCGUACGAAAUGAGGACACCGCGAAUGCGGGGCAAAUUGUACUCCCGCAAUAGUGACGGGUUUAUGAGCGACACAAUCGCUAGUGCCAACAAACAGGUAAACAAUGAUAUCCGGCCUGCUACCGAUCCGGUGGUAGAAAGUGAAGGUUUUAGACAAUCGAGAUUUGGCAUGCGGUUCUAUAACCCGAAUCAGAUGGGAAACCAUAACAAACAGCAAAUGACUACGCAUGUGCAGAAGCAGGAUGUAGACCAGCGUCCUAAUUUAUCACCGAGCAAAAGCUAUAACAACCACAGCACAGGCAGCAACGGUGGGUUAACUAACCGGAGUAACAGUGCCAGCCAUGGGGAACUACACAACUAUUACGGCGAUACGACUGUGGGCACUGGUAGUGGAACUGCACCAAGCACACCACAUCGGACGCGAUUCCUUGGCGAGCGUCGCCAAUCCAUCCCGGUGAUUAAUCAGGAAAGUUACAUCAUUCAUCGGGAUGAUAAUUACGACAGCGAGCAGGACGAACGAUCGAGCAACGAUUCCACGUCUACGCGCAUCAUCUCCAACAGUAUCCUAAACUUCAGAGAUCGCGAUCGGGAUCGCGUAACGAUUGCUGGCGACGAUGCAUAUCCUGCUGCCAUGCCCGGGGGAAGCCGUCCCGCUUCGAUACCGUCCGUUUCACGACCCCAGUCCGUUAGUUCGCAUAAGUCUAUCGGAUCGGGAGUGCUUAAACACCCGGAAGGGCGGCUAUCGCGUACCAGCAACACUUCAUACAGUAAUGCAUCGGUUAAAAACUCUAUUGGCGACAAUGUUUCGCUUAAAACGCACCGCUCGUUUGUAGGUAAUGCCCAGGAGGAUGAACGGACAGACCGAGAAUGGUACGGAGAGAGAGCUUCAACUCCAAUUCAUAGCGAAAUGGAUGGCAUAAGCUCGAACCAGGUACAGUACGAAUCGGAUUAUGAUGAGGAUGAUGACGAAAAUGACCAAAACUACGAACGGAAUUUAAAAUCAUCUGCCACACCGAAACGUUAUCCUACACCGAGCCCACAUCCACUGCAAGGAUCGUACUCUACCGAGGAGCUUCACAACAUGGACGGUCGGCAAGAGGAUGAAAAUGAGAUGAAUGACGAACAGGAAAUGCAUAUAUCACGGCCGCGAAGUCGUGUACAGUCGGCAAGUUUGGGCAAUUUGCAGCAUCUCGAACGGGAAGAAAUGGUUGAGGAAGCCAGAAUUUCGGUUUCUCCGAAAAAAAUUCUUAAGAAACCGUUCCUAGUGCGGCGCAGCAGUAAGGUUGCCCCGGCAAAAGAGGCUGCAACAGGAGUAAAGGGUAAAAAUAAGCUCAACGAAGUUAUCUUUCAAAAGACGUUGCGCAGAUUCGAGAGACCGAAAGAUGCUCUCAACAAUUGCCUUACGCAUCUGGAAAGUCCAAACUGGGAGCAAAACAUCAGCGGUCUGCAGUUCUUCGUGCGCCUUAUUCGUCACCAUCCAGAAGUGAUCGACACGCAGAUACAUUUGCUCUCAGUGGCAUUGGCCAAACAGGUGCGCAAUCUGCGAUCGCAAGUUGCACGAGCCGCAUGUCAAGCUUCGGCAGAGUUUUUCUCCACCCAUCGACGGUGUCUCGAGGGUGAGGCGGAAGACAUUGCUACCCAUCUGCUGCAUCGUACGGCAGACACGAACAAGUUCCUGCGCGCUGAUGCUACCCAGGCGCUCGAAUCCAUGUGCGACAACGUGUCGAUCCCGAAGGUGGUGCAUAUCAUUUCUUUCAAGGGCGCCACUCAUCAGAACGCAGUUGUUCGAACGACGGCCUCUAAGCUGCUGAAUAAGAUUGUACAUCAGCUCGGAAGUGAGAAAGUUUUCGCGCUGCCUAAGGAAACGCGUGAUAAGCUAAUACUAACAGGUGCGCACCUGCUACUGGAAGGAUCGCUGGAAACCCGCAAUUACACGAAGAGUUUGUUCAAGCAACUGUCCGACCAUUCGAACUACAGCAAAGUAUUAUUAGAAGUGAUACCUCCGCGGACGUAUAGGAACAUUGAGAAAACGCUCAACAGCAUUCGACAAAUGUCUUAAGUGUCCUCAAGCCUGAGCAAUCGCUGUACAGGUAGUUGAUCAUUAUCGGUUCUUUUCGUUACCAAUCCCUAGCCCUAGUGAAAUUAAUCCUUCUCUGUAAUAUUAUUAGUAAAAAUGUUCGUAUUUAAAAAA